AUGGUGGGGAAGAAGGCGCCCGUCUUCUUGGUGUCGCCGGAUCGCUUCAUUGACUUCACGACGGUUAUUGAUGGGAAGCUAACGGCACAUUUUGAAAUUUUCAACAUCUCCAAGUCGCGCAUCGCAUUCCGCGUUCAGUCCAAUUCUCGGGGCGACUACUUUGUGCAACCGGAUGGGGAUUUUGUCGAGCCAGGCGACCGAGCGAUGGUGCACAUCAUGGUGCAAUCGGACGGCAACGUCGACCAUCGGCACCGUUUUCUCGUCCAUGCGCACACAGUUUCCGAGCAUGAGCUCGUGCUGACCAAGGCCGAAUUCUGGGAGCAUCACCCGAACGUCGUCUCCGAGACGGUCACGCUCGAAGUUCGCGCUCCCGAAUUCAACAAUGCCAAGCUUCGCGAGCGCCUACUGACCCAGGUGGCCGCGCUGCGCAAGACGAACAGCGAGCUCCAGGAGAAGAACACGCGGCUGGAGGAGAAGAAUAUUUUGCUAUCCGCCGUGCUCGAGGACCUCAGCCAGCAGAACGGCUACCAGAUGGACACGAUGCGCUUCGGUUACGCGAUGCUCGCCCUGCUGCUCACCGCCUUCAUCUGGGACAUGUGGAUGACCAUCAUCUUCACUGAUGACUCAACCCCCGUGCUCGAGCGCGCUGCCGACGAGCUGAUGUCGGCCGGCGCGAAGAUCGUCGAAGCCGUGCAGCCACCCGAAAGUCGCGGCGAC